CCGAAUUUCCUGCGUGUGCGGCAGUGUUUACCAACAUUUUUUCAAAUCCUCUCUCUCUUUUUCUCUCUUGAAAAAACAUAAUGGCCUCUCAAUUGCUUCGUACUUCUCUUCGUGCACUCAGCCGUCCCGCUUUCAAGGCUGCUGCUUAUGCUGCUGCUCCUCGUGCUCCCAUUACUGCCUCUCGAUUGGCUCCCAUGGUCGCUCGCCCUAUCGCCACCCGUUUCUAUAGCAGUGGCACUGUUGAUGCCGAUCUUGUACACAAGCUUGAAGAAGAACUUCAGUAUGAAAAGGCUAAUGAGGAAUCAGACCAGCCCGAAUUCGUCAAGGAGUUUUUGCAAGCCAACUCCUUCCAGCUUGAGGACAAGCUUGGCCAUGACGAAGUUUCUCUGACCCGCUCGUUUGGCAAUGAAAAGAUCCGUAUUUUGUUCUCAAUUGCCGACAUCAACAACGGUGGCCCUGCCGAUGAGUUUUUGGCUGAAGGUGAAGAAGCUGAGGAUGAUGUUGCUCCCUCCUUCCCCGUCCGUGCAUCCAUCACUGUUGAAAAGGAUGGUAAGGGUGCCGUGACCAUUGACACAGUCGCCCAAGAUGGCGAUAUGGCCAUUGAAAGCGUCAUGUUCUACAAGGAAUCCAGACUGGCCAACGAGCAAUCUGCUGAGGCUGACUGGCAACGUCGUGGCCUUUACAUUGGUCCUCAGUUUGCUGAAUUGGAUGAAAACUUGCAGGGUUUGUUUGCCCGCUACUUGGAAGAACGCGGUGUCAAUGCUGGUUUGGCCGCUUUCUUGCCUGACUACGUCGAGUACAAGGAACAAAAGGAAUAUGUCCACUGGCUCGAUAGCAUGAAGACCUUCAUCUCUGCAUAAAAGUUGAAACCUACAAUAUCUAUAUUUGUCAUACAUACACACAUUGCAUUUUAAUCUAGACACAAUAAGAAUUCGAUUCGCUUCGAUCAAAGUAAAAAGGCUUUGAAUCAGAGGAACAUACUGUGAGGCAACCUUUUUUUAUAUGGAAAUAAUGGAAUGGCUUUUGGAACCAAGACUACUAUCAAAGCUAUCACUGCUUUACAUGCUUCCAACUCGUCGGAUAUCCUCCAGCCGA